GCCCGUUUUAAGUUAAAGGUUUAACCGCUCAAAUGAGCAUGUCGACGCACGACACUGGUCCAGAUCAUUACCAACAAUUUCCGUCGAACAGAAUCAUUGUUAUCCAUCCUGGAUCGCUUUACGUACGUAUAGGAAGAGCCUCAGACCUGUUACCAGUUCAACAACUCCACUGUAUAGCGAGAAAACGUAAACCAGGUGGAAAAAUCUAUAGAGACCCAUUCGUACCGCCAAGCGUACCGAAAACUAAAGAAUUAAUUGAAGAACUUGAAGAAUGUCGUCUACAAAUAUCACAUACGCUUCAAUCAUGUAUGCAGUCGAAUGGAGCGAGAAGGUACGCGACUCCUCCGCAGCAGAUUGCUGCUUUUAAUAGACGGUCUUUAGCCGAAUGUGUGAACGAUGGCGAACCGUGGCCGCAAGUCCAAUGCGAUAUUAUUGUGGGUGACUUAGUCCUUGAUGUUGACCCAGAACUGCCCUAUAAUGUACAUUUUCCAUACCGCAGAGGAGAUUUCAACAUCCAUUCAGAAGUCGGAGGGUCUAUCUCUUCAGUUUUAAACGAUUUAUAUACCAUUUGGAGCUCCAUAAUUGAAUAUAAGCUAGGAAUACCAUUAAUAGAAUUAAUAAAGUACCGGUGUGUGUUGCUUAUUCCUGAUAUUUAUUCAAGAAGCCAUUUAAAAGCUCUUAUGUCCCUACUUUUGAAGGAUUUGGGGUUUGGGCACUGCUUUCUUGUUCAGGAAAGUGUGGGAGCUACUUUCGGAGCUGGUAUUGGCUCAGCCUGUGUUGUAGACAUUGGAGAUCAGAAGACUGCAAUAUCAUGUGUUGAGGAUGGAAUUUCUCAUAAAACUACAAGGUUACGUAUGGAUUAUGGAGCAGGAGAUGUGUGUCAAGCAUUGUCUUGGAUGUUCCAUAAAAGUGCAUUUCCAUACAAAGACUGGAAUGAAAAUAUACCUCGAGACGUAAUGCUGAUGCGUAACAUGUAUGAGGAUUUUUGUCACAUAAAUUUAGAUGUUUGUGGUCCACAGGAAAAAUCUUUCCUUGUUGACCACCCUGGUAAUGUCAUUAACAAAUACACAUUGCAAGUGGGAGAUGAAUGCAUUAUUUCGCCAUUGUCAAUGUUCUACACAGAUUUGCUCAAAAUAACUGGUCCCAAAGCUACAAAAAUUCAGGCUCCGCAGGCAAGUGACCCUGAGGAUCCUUUUGAUGCUGAGUUUCUAAGGGAAACUGGAAGAAAACGAGAGACAGCAGAUCAAACUGCUAAUGAAAAUCAACAGUUCGAGGCAGUGAACGAAGCUCAACCUGCUACAAACCCUGAUGAAGAUAUUGUUGUUGACACACUUGAAGCAGGUCCUGGAGAUGUAGUAUCACUAGCACCCGGACAAGUUUUGGCACUAGAUGCUGCAAUAUUACAAAGCAUAGAUCGAUGUCAAACUGAAGAAUUGAAACGUAAAAUGUACAGCAGCAUACUCAUAGUUGGGGGUGGAGUCAAAGCUCAUGGUUUAUCAUUGUGGCUGCAGAACCGUUUAGCUUUGCAGAUUCCGUAUACAUACAAGACUGAGCAGUUGGAGAUUGUGUCGUCACCGAAAGAUAUAGACCCUGCAAGUACUGUGUGGAAAGGAGCUGCUGUCAUGUCGUGUUUGGAGUCAGCGAUAGAGCUAUGGAUCAAUCAGAGCGAGUGGAAUAAAUUUGGAUUAAAGGUUUUGAGGGAACGUGCACCAUUUAUUUGGUGACAAUAGCUAAAAUAGGUGGUUAAUAACCACCUAUUUAUUGCAUUUGGACUCUUUGGACUAUCUAACCUUGGUUAAUAACUGGACAUUUUAAAUAUUGAGGACAGUUAUGCAUUAGUGUGUUAGUUUCAUGUGGUAAGCUGUGUCUUAGAUUAAGAUAAUGUUAAAAAAAAAUUACAAAUUAACUUCUCUUUCUAUUUUGUAGUAUAUACUUUGUUCCACAUAGUUCCCAAUUAACUAAAAAAAAACCA